AUUUCAUUCCGGCGUGAGUCAUGGAAAGAAUUCUUCGUGGAGUAAUGCGUUACCGGCACACCACCCGGGAACAGAUGGUGCAAGAGUUUAGGAAAGUCCGCGACAAUCCCCAGCCUAAAGCUGUAUUUUUCACCUGCAUGGACAGCAGAAUGAUACCGACCAGAUUCACGGAAACGCACGUCGGUGAUAUGUUCGUGGUGCGAAAUGCUGGCAAUCUCGUGCCACACGCUGAACAUUUUCAGGACGAAUACUUUAGCUGCGAACCAGCGGCAUUGGAGCUCGGCUGCGUUGUGAAUAAUAUCAAGCACAUCAUUGUCUGCGGGCAUAGCGAUUGCAAGGCAAUGAAUUUGCUGUACCAGUUGAAAGAUCCAGAGUUUUCUUCUUUGGAAAAUCGACGCAUAUCACCGUUGCGUGCGUGGCUUUGCGAGCACGCUAACACGAGCUUGUCCAAGUUCCAAAAUCUGAAGGAGAGAGGGCUAGAUAAACCGCUUAUUUUUUCUUCCGAGACUCCGCUACGUAAAUUCGUAGCGUACAUCGAUCCGGAGAAUAAUUUCGCGAUCGAGGAUAAACUGUCGCAGGUGAACACGCUGCAGCAGAUCGAGAACGUUGCCUCGUACGGGUUCCUUAAACGUCGGCUCGAAUCGCAUGAUUUGCACAUCCACGCGCUUUGGUUCGACAUCUACACUGGGGACAUUUACUUCUUCAGCCGCAACUCGAAACGGUUUAUUGCGAUCGACGAAAGUACGAUCGAACGGUUGCUUGAUGAGGUACGACGAUACUAUUCGUGAUUUGUGAGCGUUUGUGGGAUUGUUUUAGUUUCCAUAUACAGCUUAGUAGAGCUAAAAGCUCCUGUGUACGAAACAUACGGGUAAAAGUAAAGGGCUUUAUUGUCUGACUGGUAGCAGUUUAAUCGUUUCAAAAGUCACGUGUAUAAGAUAUUAAAUUGUGUACCGUUAUUGUAAAUAUGAUUGUCGUAAAUGUAUCAUGAAGCAUACUAGAAACUAUGUGAACGUAUAAACGGCUUUUAUACUGUCGCUUUGUGUACGUGUUAAAUCCACUGUUUUGUAAUAAACACAAUGAUUUAAAACGAUUCAGAUCUUUAACGGUGAAUAUUGUAUUUUCCAUUCAAAGGUUCGCGAGUAAACGUGGAUUGAAGCAU